AUGUCUUGGGACUUGCUGAAGCGGUUCCUCGAGAGCGAUGUCUUCAACCAGAAUCCCUUCCUCUCGGUGUCGUAUCUCUCUCGCUAUGCCGACCACAUCGGCAUCCACUAUGUGCUGUGUAGCAAGCUUCGCCAGUUCCCUUACGAGGACAUCGAGUUCUUCCUCCCGCAACUAUGCCACCUUAUAAUAAGCGUCGACAAUGAGUCGAUGGCCUUGGAAGAGUUUUUGCUGGAUCUGUGCGAAGAGUCGGUCACUGCGGCACUUCUGACAUUCUGGCUGUUUCAAACCUAUCUGCACGAUCUCUCGUCAAAUCCACAGACGGAUGCCUUCAAGACCUGUCGCAGGGUCUACAACAAGGUGCAGCACAUUGUGUUUGGGGUCUCUGAGAGCGCACGGAACGAGAAGAUCACCGAGAAUGUCCUGCCGGUGACGGUCCUGGGCAGCUUCGUUCUCGCGAGCAUAGCUUGUCCCAUGUUGCCGCACUGGGCUGGCCCUCUUGCCGUCGCGCAAGCCCGGAAACCGCGCCCCAUUGUCGAGACGAUAUCCGAGCCAGCCGUUGUUGCUAAUAAGACGGUGCCGGCCCGGGCGCACACAGUUACUGCUGGGACCACCCGGUCGAAGCGAGCAAAAGACGGGCGCAGCGUCAGUGCCCAGGACAUCAAGGCUCCGGGGCAGACGAGCCCGCGUAAGUCAUCUGGGAAAACGGUGGGAAGAUCAGCAGCCAAAGGAGCCAGACCCUCUUCAAGAUCUUCAGUGGUAGAGGCCACACCACGGGAGCAUGAGGACAGAGAGAGUGCGACCACCACCCUUGAGAGUCUGGCUCUCGAUGCGCGACUCAGCUCGGCUUCGCUACCUCUUCCGGACUCCAGGCCCCGUCUCGUCACGCGGCCAACCACACCGGUAUCAGCCGGCUUACAGCCCCCGAAAACCACGCCGAGGAGAAACUCGCACGGCGUAAAGACGCUAGUCAACCAAGCCGACAUGACCAAUGUGCAAAAGACGCGCCUGCUCAGGCAGAACUACUUCCGGUGUCAAACUGCCUUCCUGCAAGCGCUACAGGACAUCUCGAACCGCCUCGUGGUGGUGCCAAAACCGGCUCGGCUGAGCGCGUUGCGUGCGGAACUGGCUCUCAUCGCCCGGGACUUACCAGCCGAGGUGGACAUCCCGGUUAUCUGUCCCCCUGACCUGGUGGAUGGUUCCCCGGCCAAGAGCCGUCAUCACAGGAUCGUCCGGCUCAACCCGGCUGAGGCCACGGUUCUGAACAGUGCCGAGAAGGUGCCGUAUCUACUCAUGGUCGAGAUCCUCCGCGAUGAUUUCUGCUUUGAUCCUGACUCGCAGGACAACCAAAGGCUGCUCACGACUUUGCUGGCAGAACAAGGGACCCGCAAGCGGAUAUUCGACUUGACUGAUGGACCAAGCAUACAACCCGCUUCUCGAGCACCAGAGCCCGUCCUUGAUAGCGUCUUUGAGCCCGCGUCCGGCGACCUAGGAAACUCGCCAAUGCUCAAGCCGUCGGAUGAUGAUGUAUUCGUGCCGAAACUGCCACAAUCGAGCCAGUCUCUGCAACUGUCCGGCACCACCACACCCGCACCAGCUGCGUCAGACAAGGUCACGCCCCGGAGCUCUGGCGGCUCCUCCGAGUCGAUCAGCCCUCUUGCCAGGAGGAGGAUGACGCUCAACAACCCGCGCCACAACUCCGUUGACCAGCCAGACUUUUCAGCACUCGCGGUACACAUGCGGACGGCCUCGCAGAUGCUGGCGCAGCUGGAUGCGACCAGCGGCAAGCGGCCCCGCCAGGAGGUAGCAGCGAUCAGGGCCAGGAUCAUCGCGAGCAUGCAAUCUCUAGAGGAGCAGAGCUUCGACCUUGACGACGGACAGGGGCCAACAUUUGACACGAUCAUCGCCAGGGCACAGGCAACCGCGGCUUCCACAACGGCGAACGGAGCCAACGGAGCGGAAGGCAGCGGCGCCGAUGACGCAGCCACCGUCGAGCCCAAUCUUAACGCGAACGCGGGGAUUGACAGGAUGGAGAACGAUAUCAAGACGGGCGGCCUACAGCGGAAGGGUGACCGCGACGACCCGAGCGCAGCCGUCUUCGGCGAGGCCUGGGAGACGAAGAAGGAGCGGAUCCGCAAGUCCUCGCCGUACGGCUGGAUGAAGAACUGGGACCUCGUGAGCGUCAUCGUAAAGACGGGCUCCGACCUGCGGCAGGAAGCCUUCGCCUGCCAGCUCAUCCGUGUGUGCCACAAGAUCUGGGUCGACGCGGGCGUGCCCGUGUGGGUCAAGCUCAUGCGCAUCCUCGUGACGGGCGAGUCGUCGGGCCUGAUCGAGACCAUCGCCAACGGCGUGUCGCUGCACUCCAUCAAGCGGAGCCUGACGCUCGCGUCCAUCGAGUCCGGGCAGAACCCCCGCCGCAGGAUCGCCACCCUCAAGGACCACUUUCUCAAGGCCUUUGGCCGCCCCGAGGGCGAGGCCUACAGGGCGGGCGUCGACGCCUUCAAGCGGUCACUUGCUGCGUACAGCGUCAUCUCGUAUGUCCUGCAGCUCAAGGACCGGCACAAUGGGAACGUGCUCAUUGACAACGAAGGCCACAUCAUCCACAUUGACUUCGGGUUCAUGCUGUCCAACUCGCCCGGUUCUGUUGGGUUUGAGGCGGCGCCGUUCAAGCUUACCUACGAAUAUGUGGAUGUGCUGGGGGGCGUGGCGUCGCAGGAUUUUGAGGACUAUAAGAAGCUUUGCAAACAGGCUUUUCAGGCACUCCGUCGCUCAGCAGACAAUAUCAUCGACCUGGUGGCCAUGAUGGGCCGCGAGUCCAAAAUGCCGUGCUUCGGGGCCGGCGUCACGCAGGUCACGACCGCGCUGAGACAGCGGUUCCAGCUCCAGCUUAGCGCCGACGAGGCCGAGCAGUUCGUCGAGACAGACCUGAUUGGCAAGUCGUUGGGCAGUUAUUAUACACGGCUUUACGAUACCUUCCAGUACAGGACACAAGGGAUCUAUUAG